AUGUCCAUAAAAAAAUUUCGUGAACGUAUUAUAGGUUCCUGCGGAAUCUCACUUUGUCUUGCAGUUGUAACGACAAUUUAUCUUUGUCUUACUCAUUUCAAUGAGAAUAAAGAACUCAAUCUUCUUAAUUAUGGAGCCUACUACUAUUUUGUAGUGAAAAUAUUGUAUUGUAGUAUUAUUGCCCAUAUGAUACCCUCAUUUUCAAUAUUUUACUUUUUUUUAAUAAUUGGGCUUCUAUCAUUUCAAUACGCUUUUUCUGACGAUGAUGCAAACUAUGUUAGUCUUGUCCAGUCUGCAGGUACAAUAGACAGUUCAGACAUUCCGUGGCUUAUAUUGGGUGUUGUAAUUGGACUUUUGUUGUACUCGAUUAUUCUAAUAAUUGUUAUGGCAAUUCAGUAUCGAUUAUAUUUUAAAUGGUUAAAAAAUAACUAUAAAAAUAAUCCAGAUACACUUUAUGAUUAUUUUCUUUAUUCUAAAUCAUACACAAUUUUUAUUAUAGUAUGUUCAAUUUAUCGGCCACUUAGUGCGUGCGAAGUUGAAAUGAUUGAUAAGUGGAUUAAAUCACCUUCCAUUAAAAUGGUGUUAUCAACUGAUCAUGAAAAUCGAUAUUUAUCAAGUAUUCAAUUAUCAGAUAAUCAUUGUGCUUUGACUUUUGCCGAAGCAAUUUAUAGGCUAGCUUCUGAUGAAUUUUUUAUAUUUAAAGAAGGUUUAUCAGAUGAUAAUAUGCAAGACACCACCAUUGUAAGUGAAGAAUAG